AAUGACGAUUUGAAGAAGGCAUCACGUGACGAGUGGCAGGAUACAUUUGAAGAACUUCGGGAAAUUCUCAUGAUUGGUGCGGAGAAAGCGUUUGAUAACGGCCAAAUUGGUGGUCAAACAAAGGAAAAAUAUUUCAAUUCAGUAACACAGGAGGAAAUAGAAUUGGGACUACUUCAAAACUCACAUGAUUUAAAUAAGAAAUGUUUGUGUUUCAUACGAAACAUACAAGAUUUGAAUCAAAACAUACACAACCACCGAGCAUUGAAAUUCAUCGACUUACUUCCGGCUGAAAAUGGUAGUCCCGCAGAAAUUGAUGUGGACGCUCAAGAUAGGUUAAAGUUGUUAAGAGAAAAUGAUAUACCGCAAAAACUGAACAAAGACAAUAUAGUUCGUCUUUCAACCCAGUGGAGUGAUAGCUCAGGUAUAAGUCCCUCAGAUAACUCAGAUUAUUUAGAUGAAUUGGCUCAAGCGUUUUAUGACAAGAUGACGUGGUUGAUAGAUUUGAAUUUAGAGGAGAUGAACCUUAACGAAGAAGAGCAGACAAAAGAAAUACGCCAGAGUAUAAUUAUACGUAACAAGUGGAGUAGUAUAUUCUUUGGUAGGACUGAUGUUUUGAAAACGAUGGAGAAAUACUUGAAAGAUACCGCAAAUAAUCGUCCAUUGGCAGUUUAUGGAGAGAGUGGAACUGGAAAGACUGCGCUUAUCGCAAAAUGUGCCAAGGAAGCUCGGAAGUGGAUCACCUCUAUAAAACCAGUAAUAGUGAUGAGGUUUCUAGGAACUAGUCCACGUAGUUCUCACAUUCUGCUCACAUUGCAAAGUUUGUGUACGCAAAUUUGUGAUGCGUAUGGCUUUAGUAACUGUAACAUUCCAGCCGAUUUCAAAGAAUUGGUCGCAUUUUUCUCAGAAACGUUAAAGAGAGUAUCAUCACACUCCAGACCGCUGCUCAUAUUUCUAGAUUCCAUGGACCAGUUGUCGGUUUCCUUUGACCCUUUCACAUUCCAAUGGCUGCCUAAGUUUCUGCCGAAAAAUGUCAAAAUCAUUUUUUCAUUCGUUCCGUCUGUGUUUAAUUUGCUCAAACGCUUUAAAGUAUAUCUCGGGGACAAGGUGUCAAAUGUGGAGCCUCUCCCGUCACUAGGUGACGUUCAUAGCAUGGACAUAGUUAAAGCCCGUCUUACAGAAUGCGACAGAACUAUUACAGCAAACCAGAGCGCAAUUUUACAAGAAUUGUUCUCAAAAUGCAGUCUGCCGCUUUUUUCAAGAGUCAUGUUAGAAGAAAUUCUCACCUGGAAAUCUUAUACCUCUGUUAGUUUAGAAAUGGUAUCCUCUUCGUUAAAAGAGGCGCUUAAUAACUUCUUCCGGCGGCUAGAAUUGCACCAUGGGAAAGUAUUGGUCAGACAUACGCUUGCAUAUAUAACAGCAGCUAGAGAUGGGAUAUCUGAAAUGGAGUUGUUAGAUUUGUUGUCUCUUGACGAUGAAGUCCUAAACUCAAUAUUUCUGUUCUGGUUGCCACCGAAACGUAGAAUUCCCCCAUUUCUGUGGACACGGCUUCGUUUGGAACUAGGAGUUUUUCUUGUCGAACGUGACGCUGGGGAUAUAGAGGUCUUUAGCUGGUAUCAUAGAAUGUUCAAAGAAGCUGCAUCAGAGAGAUAUUUGGAUGACGAAGACACAAAAAUGAAAAUACACAAAAAAAUCUCAGAAUAUUUCCUCGGCACUUGGAACGGUAAAGACAAACCAUUCAGAUACAGUACAUUUCUCAAAUCUAGAUUAGCACUUACAAGUGAUGACGGUGCUGAAAAUAGAAAUGUUCCUGCUCAUCCACUGGUCUUUUGUCGUAGUAAGACUCGUACAUUUUACAAUAAACGAAAACUUACAGAGCUGCCAUUUCAUUUGAUAAAGUGCGGAACUAAAGAGGACCUGUAUACUAAUUGCUUGUUUGAUUACCAUUGGUUAUGGACAAAGAUUAAAGCAUCAGGAUUGCAAUUUGUGGUUGAAGAUUUUGAACUUGCGUUAACUGUGUUCGAUGAUAACGAGGUGCAAGCACUUGCCGACACUUUACGCAUUGCUGGAUGCACUCUUGACGAUUAUCCAGAUAAUCUAGCGUUAGAGAUAACAGGUCGUCUGCUCGACUUAAUUAACACAAUGCCAAAAAUUCGCGGACUUCUUCACAAAUGCGACGAGCAAGGUAUUGUGCAUUCGUCUGUCGUUAUUCCAGUGCAAAUGUAUGAAGCUCCGAUAAGUUCUCUUACUAGGUCCAUCGAAAGUGCACCUGCCGAUAAUGGAGACAACCUACUAGUGCGGAAGGAUACAAGAGUUGUAUCAAUUUGCCUUAAUGGAAGUGUGCAGUCAUGGGAUACAAGUAAAGGUACUCUUGUUAGCGAGAUAUUGCUCCCAAAAAUGAAGUCUGAAUCAUAUCAUCAGUUUGGUUUAUACCCAAGCCGUGACGAAAGAUAUAUCGUAUGCGAAUGUCGAACCGGAAGUCAAUAUAUUUACACACUUGAAACAGAUAGUCUCCGGAUAGUUAACGAGCACAAACUGUCUUCACAUCAACCAUUUCAUGACAUCACAGUGAGUCGGAACUAUGUUUGUAUGGACAAUGCUGUUUAUGAAAUUCAUCACGGUAAAAAAGUUCGUGAUCUUAACAGCUACAGAAAAGUAAACUCGUACGUCGAGCUAGGCGUUACGCAAUGUGAAAAGUACCUUUUGAUCGGAGAUGAAAGCCUUGAUAUGUAUAAAAUAUAUACUGGGAAACGCGUGAAACAGCUUUCUAUCACAAACUCAGUCAGCUGUAUUCAGCUGACCUCAGAUGGAAGAUUAGCCAUCAUUGGAACGACAAUCGACUGCGCAAUUAAAAUAUUUGAUGUUAACGAUCUGUCACCGACCUUUGGACAGGAAGUCGUGACGUACAGUCCCCAGACCUCAUUUCCUGAUGAAAUAAUGUCUGCUGAUAGUUACGCCUCUCAGGAAGUUUCGGAACUGUGUAUUUCGAAUAAAGAAGGUGCUUUCGUCAGUCUUGUGAAAAGGAAGUACCCAAUUGUCUGGAGUCUAAAAAAUGUCAGUACGAAACCAAGGCUUUUAAAAAUAUCAAAAGGUCCAAACCCUUUUCGUUAUCUUUUUCAAGUUCAAUUUUCUGCAGACGACAAAUUUGUCUUAGCAGCAGAGUUAUCUCCAAAUAUUAUGAUGUGGGAUUCCAUAACCGGAAGUUUGGUUGCGGUAUUUCAGGCUCACAAUAAUGACAUACAUGAUCUAGUCGUCGGGAAGCACAGCCCUGUAGCAGUAACUGCGCAACAGAACGGACCGGUAAUCAAUGUUUGGGACAUUCAGAAAGUGUUGACUAUGGAAAAGAUGUCGUCUGUCAAACAGCAAGAGUAUUCCGUGAAAAAUAUUGCAUUUUCUAAUCAGAGUAAUAUCAUUUUCCUUACCCGUGUUCAACCGCCAAAAAGCAGUAAAGCUUACCACUAUAUUGAUUACUUUGGAGUAGAAAUCAUCGAUCUAGCAUCCGGAAAAGCAGGAACGCUACUUCCUUUUGAUAGAUAUGGGCAUGUCUUAAGUAUUGCCAAUUCAAAGGACGCUUCCGUCGUUGUCAUCUGCACAGGAAACACUCAGGCAAACUCAAUAUCUGUGAUAAACAUUGAAACCGGUAGGCUUCUCAAAACCUUGUCAGUGCCAGGGUGUAAAAGUGUAAAACUUUCAAGUAAGGGAGAGUACAUGUGCAUACUUACAGAUGAAAAAGCAGAGCUUUAUUCCGUCCCCGCUUUUGAAGUUGUUGGUAAAUUCAACAAUUGCACAAGCGGAAUGUUUACUAAAACUAACGCUUUUGUUGGGAUUGGACCUUCGCAGCUUCUUAUUCAGGAGUCAAUGGAAGACGAUGAGACGCUGACCAUCGACUUAGUUGGUGAUGUCAUCGCUAUACAUUACAGUGAGGUCAUUGACCUGAUACUAAUUACCGUGGAUGAUGGAUUGCAGGUUGUUGUAACAGCAUUCAAAACAGAAGGAUUUGGUGCUAUAGGGUCCCUUACAGAGGUCAGUCAUGAUGGAAUCAAUGAUAUUGCCGACGAUGGGUCAAUAUGUAUUGAUUCCGAGUUACAGGUAUUUGAACUUGAGAGAUGCAAGCGUAUUAAAAAGCUGCUACCUAAUUCUAGUAAAGGUGACAUAUCGUGUGUUCGGUUAUCAAGUAAAGGUGAACACGCUAUCUACAUAGAUACGAUCCCGGCACCAUGUGUGAAGGUAUGUCGUGUCAGCGACAGUCAGAUUAUUUCUAAAUCAUUUCUUCACUGUGUCCCAGAAUUUCUUGAAGUCAUUCCAACAAUGAAUCUCAUAGUUGUCAUUGGAAAGGACAAUAAGAAACUAUUUGUGCUAGCUUUACGUGAUCACGACCGGAAGUACAAGUAUGCAAACAUGGAAGAUCGUCUCGCGCAGAUUUUAGGUGUAAAGUCCAUGCGCGACAUAUCAAUGUUUGAACUCCCGGAAAAGGUGAAAGAGGCAUUGAAAGAGAAUACAAAGUCGGAGCAAAUCAAACAUAUCACUCUGAACGAAAAUGAAAGGAAUGUUAUUGGUAGACAGGACACGGUUGUUUACAAGAAGAAAAGUUCUAAAAGGUCACGAUCAUGUAGGUUGUUGUGAUGGGAUGUAUCUUAAUGUUUUUUGUCAUUGAUUGAGAGGUUACUAGAAAAUAUACAAUGAUAUCAAAAGCAUGCAUAAACUCAUUGAAUGUAACAGCCUGUUAAAAAAACUGGACUCGUGUAAUAGCAUUUAUAAAGAUCAAUAAUAGCAUUUAAAAUGAUAGAAAAUAUACAAUGGUUUUUAAAAAGAAUGAUCAAUUAAUUGAGCAUAUGCAUGUGUAAAAAAGGACCCUAGUGCCAUUAAAAAAGACAGUUGGUAAUAUUUCUUGUUUGUGCUUCUUUACAUUUUAUAGUACAGUGUUCUAAAGUGAUACUGAAUUAAGUAAUUUGCCAGUACUAAGUACCUUUAUAAUUGCAUUUACGGAUUAUUAUUAUAUAAUAUUAAAUUGUUGGUUUUUCAUCUAAACAUUUAGAUAUAUGAAUAUACCAUAUCUACGAAUGAAUCUUAUAGAGUACCGUUAAUUGUUUAAAAAGUAACAUAAUGCUCAUCUUUUUGCUGUCAAUUUGAGGUGGGCAAGCUAUAUAUUCCUUAAGAUUGACUUUUAUAAUGGUGGAUGGCCAAUAUUUGAUAAUAAAAUGUAAUAAAUGCCUUCAUCUCAUUCUUUUUAUCAAUUGAACAUUACCAAUACAUUCCCAAUAUUAUUUAUAGAAUUUCUCGUGAGUCGUGAAGGUUAUUGAUUAUACAUGUGAAGUACUUAGUGCUCACCAAUUUUUUUAAGCCAAUCACCGACGAGGAUUUUUCAAAUUUUCAGGUUACAAAUCUUAAUAGAACAGAUUUUAUAUAAACUGGACGUUUUAUAUUAUAAAACGCAAGUGGGCGGAGCACUAAGCCGGUUAGAGUGCAUA